AUGAUUCAUGAUUUUGCUGUGACAGAGAAUUGGGUUGUCUUCCCAAUCAUCCCCCAGGUGUGCGAUAUUGAGAGGAUGAAGCCUGGUGGCGAGCAUUGGCAAUGGAGCCCCGGGACACCUUUGUAUCUUGGGGUCCUUCCGCGCCAUGGAGCUAAAUCCACUGAUGUAAAGUGGUUUCACUACAAAAAUUGCUUUCCAGGUCACACGUCAAACGCCUACGAGGACGAGAGUGAAAAUGUAAUUAUCGACCUAGGUCUAAGUGACAAGAACGUAUUUUUCUGGUGGCUAGACGCACAAGGAAAUGCACCGGAGAGCUCCAUCCAUUCCCAACUCGUCCGGUUCACUAUAGACCCCCGAUCAGAAGAUCUGCAGCUGGGCGAACCGAGAGUCCUUCAGGGAGACAACUCCGAGUUCUAUCGGAUCGAUGAUCGAUUCGCAACCCGUCCAUACCGGCACUGUUUCUUCGACAUGAUGGACACGAAACUUGGCACUGAUUUCCAAAGGAUCGCGCCAAAGCUCGGGGGCGGAUACCCGCUUUACAACUCUCUUGCUCACUAUGAUAUUGUGACUGGGAACACAGAGGUUUAUUUUCCUGGGAAAACGCAUAUGGUGCAGGAGCCUGUUUUUAUCUCGCGCAAGCAUGCCGAGGUCGAGGGUGAUGGAUACCUACUGGCGCUGGUAAACAACUACGAGACAAUGUCGAGCGAGCUCCACCUAUUGGAUACGAAUAAUUUCACGAGGGUGAAGGCGAAGAUCCUGCUUCUGUGCGGUUGCGACAGGGAUUACAUGGAAGCUGGGUUGAUGGGAAGGAUGUUCCGUUGCAGGCUGCCAGACAGGGGAGCUUCUUGUCAUAAUAUCCCUAACAAACCAAAUAAAUGGAUGCUUGCACGUCUGCACUCACCACCACAGGCGUACCCUGCCAGUUAUUAUGUCUAG